AUGCCGCCCAAACCAGCCCUCACAGGCUCUUUCCAGGUCUCGACCGACGCCGAAAAUGAAGUCAUCUGCCCUCUCGCGAACCAAGAUGGCUCACCCUGUCGGAAGAAGUGCAUCGGAGAGAAGCGGUAUCGCUCCAUGCAAGAGCACAUUCGACGUGCACAUCCCGAUUAUUACAUUCCAAAGUUGCCGGCCACGGAAGAAUCCUUUCAGCUUAUGAUCACAACACCUCCCACCCAUCGUCCUCCACAGCAGCCUGCCGCUGCGGUUCCUCAACGACGAGGCCCUUCAGAUGCCAGCGAACACGGCCCGCUACUCGGCGAACUUGAUACUCUGGGUGGGACCGUCCCGCUGACGGGUCAGCCGCCAGCUGCAGCAAAUGCCGCAGUCGCGUUGACCCAACUACACCAGUGGGAGUCUGACUUUGAUGUCUAUACGGAUGCCGAACUCAUCAAACGCGAUGUGUCUGGCUACGAUCUGCCAUCGAUCCGCGCGCAGUUCGAUGAAGACACUCUCCCUGCCUUCCAGGCUGCCCGUCAACGUGAACUCUUGCCCUCGAUAUUGCAGUCACCUACCAACCGAUAUUCUUCAUUACCUCCAUUCCAACGACGCGACAAAAUCAGCCGGUCCCGCAAGCCAUCCAUGGGCGAGAAUGCGCGGAAAGGCAAGCACGACCGCGGCAAGAGCAAGGAGUUCUCUGCGAAGGAACUCUCCCGACGACUCAGCCUUGAAGGCCGGGUCAAGGCCAUGUCUGCCGAGCCUCCCGCUCUGGCAUGGAUGCAGGGCAAGCGUUGGGAAGACCUGAUAGAAGCGGCGGCCAGUGCGACCCCAGAAGCGGAUGAUGACCGAGAUCUCACCCCUGUAAGCCCAUCCGGUCAUCGACUGUCUGCAUCCGCCGCGGAGGGUGGGGGCACUUCAUCGAAGCGAUCGUCACUACCGCCGGGCUUCCGGCCCCUAGGUCAUCUGCAGCAGCAGUACAACGCGAAUCCAUCUCCGCUGCAGCGAACGUUGACGCCACCACCCCCCGAUCACUUCGGCCCGCAUGAUGCAGAACCGUUCCCGUCGGUCGAGUCUCUCGAGUCGGCGGGAUCGGGCCACAACUUCCACAUCUCAGCAUCCGGGCUGCCUACGUCGGCGUCCUCCAAUGACAAUACCAGUCCGCUAAUGCGGGCACGCAAUUACCAGCAUUCGCAAUCGUCUUCCUUUGGUAGUAAGGCGGACACAUUGGAAAUCUUGUGUGCCUCGUGCUCGCGGCCGUGGCGGCUGUCGACGGCAUUUGCGUGCACGGAAUGUAUAUGCGGUGUAUGCUCAGAUUGCGUCGGCCAGAUCAUCUCUAGUCCGGUUUUUACCCAACCAGGCUUUGCGCCGACGCGCCGCGGGUGCCCCCGCUGCGGAGUCAUGGGAGGCAAGUGGAAACGAUUCAACCUCGACUUUCGAUGA